CUUCAAUGCGCGCCCUUUUUGAGGAAUAAGGCAUCUCUCGUCGAUUCAUCGUAAUACCAGAGAGAGAGUGAGAGAGAUCGAAUGGGUGGCGAUGGCGGUGGCGGUGGCGGUGGCGUAGGAGGGAUUGUACUGGACUGCUCGGUGCUUCUGGCGGCGGAAGUAGACGAGAAUGGAAAUCCCUCUCUCAGUAUUGGAGCUCAGUAUCUGCUCCCUAAGCUUCGCUACUCCAACAUCCCUACGGGAAUAUCUUAUGGAUUGGGUCUUUCUGCUAACAAGGUUAGUCUUCUUGAAAGAAUUGCAAAGCUGUACUCAUUUCAUCGCUUUAUCAUGAAUGCGUCUUCUGUGGAUGACACUGUUAAUGAGAUUGCACUUGCUUGGCAUGAAGCUGGAGGGAGGUUUUUGUAUGUAGCUUCUACAUGUAACGAGAACCUGUCUCUCAGAUUAAUCAGUCAUGGUUGGUUCAUCAUCAUUCUGAGAUCUCUGGGGCAAGAAUUAGCUGAGGGCAUUCGAAGUGGUGAAAUUGAUAAUUCAAGUGUGAUUUACAUUGACAAACUAGAAGAGUUACCUUCAACAAUUUGUCACUUCAAUAGAAAGGUAAUGGGGAAUGAUCACGUCACAGUGGGUUAUAUUAUGAAGCCAUCUCGUGAAGCAGAUUUUGCAAAGAGAGGUGCAUUCCCCUGGUAUCCUACUGAGAGUGGUUUGAUAUUUAUGCCGAUUACAUUUGAGCUUAAUGUAUCAUCUCAAUUGGAAGAAGUUGAUGUCAUUCUCCAUAAAUCAACUGAUGAGAUUAUCUCCGUUGAAAAGGGCAUUUCUUCAGAAUUCCUUGACAAAAUUACUUACACUAGGGGCAUACAGGAAUUGGAGAGGUAUAUUGAGAGUCAUCCAUUUGUUGGUAUAGUUGACCCACUCAAUAAAAUCGUUCCUGUAUUGGAUAGAUUACAAAUCCAACAGAUUCUGCUUGAUUUGGGCAAUCUCAACAUGGAAGCUCGCUGUAAAAUCAGGGGCCCGCAUUUUCUGAAGGUUGACAAUUUUGAUGAGGCAGAUUUGGCAGAGAGGCUAUUGGCAGCUAAACUAACUCCCCCAAGUAUAGUGAAGCCUCAAGUUGCUUGUGGUGUACCUGAUGCUCAUAGUAUGGCAAUUGUCUUUCGAGCUCAAGACUACAGUAGUCUGAAUGUUCCUCUUCCAGCUGUUGUGCAGGAAUUUGUUGAUCAUUCAUGUACUAUUUUCAAGUUCUAUGUGUUGGGUGAGAGAAUUUUCUAUGCAGUUAAGAAGUCUAUACCUAAUGCAAACAGCUUGGCAAAAUUAUCUGAAAAAAAUGGACUCAAGCCUUUACUCUUUGAUAGCUUGAAAUCUCUACCUGAUGCUAAAGAAAAUGAGGACCACCAGAAAACCAGUCAUCUGCAGCUUGAUCUAGCACUGGCAACUGAUGCUGCAUGUUGGCUUAGGAAAAGACUUGACCUUACCAUCUUUGGCUUCGAUGUUGUUAUUCAGGAAACAACUGGUGACCAUGUCAUUGUGGAUGUAAACUACCUUCCAUCCUUCAAGGAAGUGCCUGAUGAUGUUGCCAUACCUGCUUUCUGGGAAGCUAUUAAGAGCAAGUACAAGUUAAGAAGGAUUAAUGAAGCCACAGGCGCUGCUUCUUAACAUACUUGUUUUUGGGUUGUGAAGUUAAAUGAAACCACUGCAGCCUGUUGUCAUUUCAAGCUUCUUUGUAUAGGGCUGGAUUUUCUUGCCCUAGUUGGUGCUUAUUAGUGGAACGGAUCUUUUUCCUUGGGAUCAGUUGUCGAUGAGUUAUUAACAAGAAUCAAGUUGGAAAGAAUAAGCAUUCAAUUUCUCA